AUGUCUUUUCAUUCUGCAGUUCCUCAAUUCCUACACCUAAGUAAGAAAAAGUAUCGUGAACAGCGAAAAGAGCUGAAGAAAUUCUUUAAAGAGGAUUCGUUUAGAAUAGACCCCAAUGUAAAGAUAUCUGAUAGAUCCAUAAUAAAGUAUUGGAUUCAUAGGAGGUAUUUGUUCCGGUUAAUUGAUGACGGUAAUAUAUAUUUGACGCAGGAGCUAUGGUAUAGUGUAACGCCAGAGCUCGUGGCAAAAUUUACAGCAGAGUUUUUGAGGGCUUGUUUACCCAAUGCCACGACUGUGAUCGAUAUGUUCUGUGGUGCUGGUGGUAACACGAUUCAGUUUGCGUCGUUGUUUCCUAAGGUAUAUGCAGUGGAUAUAAAGAUGGAGCACCUGUAUUGUACGUAUAAAAAUGCGCAGGCUUACGGUUUGGAAAACAAGAUAUGGCUGAAAUACGCAGAUUGGACAAAGGCUGCUCAGAAGGGUCAAUUUGAAAAUAUCCCUGUUGACUGCAUUUUUGCCUCUGCUCCUUGGGGUGGGCCACAGUAUUUAUACCUUCCAACGUAUGAUUUGGAGAAGAACCUGCGUCCGUUACCCUUGAGUGAACUCCUGAAGACGUUUUUUAAGAUUACAUCCAACGUUGUGUUAUUUCUUCCAAGAAACUCAGAUCUUUCGCAGCUUUCGCAAAUUACCCUUGACCUCUUGGGCCCAGAGAAGAAGUGCAAGGUCUUGCAACUAAAACAUAAUGGGCACUUAAAGGGCUUAUUGUGUCUGUGGGGGGAGAGUUUUUACAAUUAUGAAACAGAAGACUCCAAGCCGAACUCAAAGGAUGCGUCUAGCACUGGCACUACUGAUAUAAAUGCCACAACGCAGCUAACCAGUGGCUAUCUUGGCUAUGAACAGAAAGUUGCUACCAGAUUCAAACAAUUCCAAGAUCUUUACGACUAG